UCUCUUUCCUCUUUGUCCUAUGCAGGUUUCUUGCUAAGCCGGUGCCAAAAACUUCUAUAGGAAGCCAACAGCUCCUGGAGCAUCCCCAAUGCAGUUUCGCAGUUCUCCAGAGGGAUGUCCCAAGCACACUUACUCAGUAUCCUGCUGGGGUUGGUGUUGUGCCUUCAGGGACCCUCAGCCCAGACCAUGGACUCCCUUUUUGAAAACUGGAUGGCCUACAGCAAAGAGUGCUUUCACAACAUGAGUCUCCUGCCGCCGCCUACUGAGCUGGUGUGCAACCGAACCUUUGACAAGUACUCAUGCUGGCCUGAUGCCCAGCCCAACACCACCGUCAAUGUUUCCUGUCCCUGGUUCCUGCCCUGGUAUGAUAAAGUGAAACACGGCUACGUAUUCAAGAAGUGUGGUCCUGAUGGCCAGUGGGUGACAAGUCCUGAAGGGAAAUCGUUACGGGAUGUCCGUCAGUGUGUGAUGGACAAUGAGACCCUCCUAGAACAAAACAAAUUUGCUAGGAUCUAUGGCAGCUUCAAGGUGAUGUACACGGUUGGCUACUCAGUAUCACUUUGCACUCUGAUCCUCGCCUUGGCUGUGCUACUAGGCUUCAGCAAGCUGCACUGCAUGCGCAACUACAUCCAUAUGAACCUCUUCGCCUCCUUCAUCCUGAAGGGCAUCUCGGUGCUCAUCAUCGACACGCUGCUCAACACCCGCUACAAUGAGAAGAUUGACGACUACAGUGUGAGGGUCUGGCUGAGUGAUGAGGCAGCAGCAGGGUGCCGCGCAGCCACUGUUUUCAUGCAAUACGGCAUUGUGGCCAACUACUGCUGGCUGCUGGUGGAGGGGAUCUACCUACAUAACUUGCUGGUGCUGGCUGUCUUCUCUGAACGGAGCUACUUUACUCUCUACCUCUGCAUUGGCUGGGGCGCCCCCAUUCUCUUCAUUGUGCCAUGGAUGGUAGUGAAAUUUCUUUAUGAAAAUAUUCAGUGCUGGAGCACCAACUACAAUAUGGGUUUCUGGUGGAUCCUGCGUUUCCCUGUGUUCCUUGCCAUCUUGAUCAAUUUCUUCAUUUUCAUCCGAAUCAUUCAGAUCUUGGUCUCCAAGCUCCGUGCUCACCAGAUGCGCUACACAGACUACAAAUUCCGGCUGGCCAAGUCAACACUGACACUUAUCCCAUUGCUGGGUAUCCAUGAGGUGGUGUUUGCCUUUGUAACUGAUGAACAUGCUCAGGGCACACUGCGCUAUGUCAAGCUCUUCUUUGACCUCUUCCUCAGCUCCUUCCAGGGCAUGCUGGUGGCCAUUCUCUACUGCUUUGUGAACAAAGAGGUACAGUCAGAGCUCAUGAAGAAAUGGACCCGCUGGAAGCUUGGCCGGGACAUAGAAGAGGAGUACAAGCACACAUACAGCCACACACCCAACGCACGCAACGGAGGUGGCAGCACUUGUGAAAAGCACAAGCUGGUUGGCAACUACCUCAAUGGGCUAAGUCGCAGCAAGGGAACAGUGAACACCAGCACCCAGUACCUUGAGCGGACAGGCUGCAGUGCCAGUGAGAACCUGGCUGCAGGUGAGCAGCCUCAUUGCUACGAGUUCCACAAUACGGCUGAGAGCAACUUCUAAAGCAGCUUAGCCACCUCCCCUGAACAGAUGGGACCUGCCCCACUUCUUGCCUCUGGAGAAGGGAGGGCAGCUGACAGCCCAGGUCAUGGACUUGGAUCCACUCAAUGGGGCAUGUGAUUGGAAACUGUGCCCUCUGCCAAGCUGCCUGGAGCUGGCAGGACUCUGCAAGUUCUUUCCCAUGUUUGAGGUUUAGGAUCCCACAUCUCGCUGCCCAGUCUGUCUGCAUGCAGUUCUCGAUGGGUGAGCCUCAGUGUAUGUGAGCAGAAUGGGUCACAUGGGUGCCUUGUGCCAGCCUGAGUGUGAGUGUGCCAAUCAAGCUUUGUAUAGGAAGGAAUUCUGUACCAUCUCUAAGGGCUCUGAAAGUCUUCAUUAGCUACUGUGCCAUGAGCAGCCUCCUGAAAAUCUCAGAUCUCAUUUUUCAAAAGCAAAGUUUCUAGCCCUCAAAAAGGCUGAGAAUGUGCUGACAGUUUUUGCUAAAUGGGUUGAGUGCAAUUUUUUUUCUAUUGGUUAUGAAGUAUGACACAUUCAGAACUAUCAGUCAUUCCCAAAGUGUUUGUCAUUUCCCUCCUCCAGAUCCAAGCUGCAUCUGAACACCAAAUUUUGCAAAGAAAGCUUCCAAACAAAUGUUGAUGUAAAAUGUGCACAUUUGUACAUAUUGGUCCAACAUGGCUUAUGAACAUAUGAAGCUGCCUUAUACUGAAUCAGACCCUUGGUCCAUCAAAGUCAGUAUUGUCUUCUCAGACUGGCAGCGGCUCUCCAGGGUCUCAAGCUGAGGUUUUUCACACCUAUUUGCCUGGACCCUUUUUUGGAGAUUGAACCUGGGACCUUCUGCUUCCCAAGCAGAUGCUCUACCACUGAGCCACCGUCCUUCCCAGGCUUAGUAUCCUGACUGCAUGUGGGGAAAGCAUCUUUUUAACUCUUUUGCCCUGCGCAGUUUUCCUGCUGAAAAUCACUAUCCUCCAACUGUUGUUACACCUGUAAACUUAAACCUGCCACAAAAACAGAUUGAGGAAGAUGAUUUUCAAUAGGGACCAUGAGGCUUAAAGAGACCUGCUUCCCUCACCCUAUUCUGUUCUCCCCCUUUGAAUUGCAACUUCAGUGACUACAUUGUUUAAGUGUGUGUUGGGGGGUAGAAAUCAUAGAACAUGGCUAGUGCCUCCUUGGGUGCAAGCCUUCCAGAUGCCCCUUCUGCAUGUAUGGAAGGCUAGCUUCUUGGUCAAAGGCUUCUUUGCCUGCUGGGCACAGGGGCUGGUGAGUGGUCCCAUACCUCUUGAAGGGGGUCCUUGAUCAGUGGUCCUAGGAGAGGGACAUAGUCGAAAUGUUGCUAGGGACAUUGGGAGUGAACAAUGUUGGUGUACUCUAUAUAUAUGCAGAAGUGACAAUGCUCAUUCAAAUGAGAAUCAACUAUCAUGUGUGGCUGUACUAUUGUGCCUGCAUUGUGGAUAUGCUUGCUCCUUUUGCUCUGGGGUAACUUCUGUCUUGAGUGACUUUUUAACUCUGUGUACGAGCAAUGCAAGCUCUGAGGGCUACCUAUCACCUCCGCAUCUGUACGUGUCUGUCGUUGUCAAUGUCUGGGGUUUGAAGACUCCAAUAAACUUUGCUAUAUGUCA